AUGAAACUUCUCGAACGUGCCAAGUUUGAAGCUCUCAACUCGGAGCUAGAGUUGGAGUGCGGAGACUGCCGAAUUCUCGGACGCGUUGAGAGUUACUCGUGCAAAAGUACACAGCAGGAAAAGAGGCUAUUCAGGACGCUGAAUGCUGACGUUGGUGUCGGACCAAACGCACUUGAAGCCCUCUCACCACCGGAGGGUCACGACGUCGUGGCUUUUUCACCUUCCUCUGCAGGCUCCGAGGACAGCCCAUUGUGCGAUACAAUAUCGAGAAAAGUCCUAUUUCAUUUAAUAGCGACUUUGAACGCCUCGUUCGCACCGGACUACGAUUUCUCUCAAGCCAGAAGUGAAGAGUUCAGCAAGGAACCAAGUUUGGAAUGGGUGAUGAACGCAGUCGACUCCCAGCUCGCGGCCAGUGCUUGCAACGUUUAUCAGAGCAGGCUCCGCAACCAUCUCUGGGGGACGAUCGAUGAGGAGAUCUGUCUGAACGACUGCGUCAUCUAUUCGUACCGACCUGAUUUCUGCUCUGAUCCUUAUGGCGAAGAAGGAACAUUGUGGUCGUUCAACUAUUUCUUCUACAAUCGGCAUUUGAAACGACUCGUGUUCUUCACGUGUCAUGCCGCGUCUAGGAGCCCAAACACCAGCUUCGUUAGUAACGACGAAGACUCGAUGGGAAUGGAAUUCGGAGUGGACGAUCUCGUUGAUUGCGUCCAAAGCUCAUCCCAAGCCGUAGCUUACUGAAAUAGUGGUCGACCGAGAGACCCGAGUUCCGAGCACCCGGAUAUCCCCGAUGUCGGCGAGAGUCCUCUGCCUAGAGAGGGUCUCCAGCGACGGGGACAUGAGAAUCAGCGUUCCGUCGGAAUCUCAGACCUU